UAAAUUUUCAAUUAUAAAUGAAAUAAUUUGAAUUAUUUAGCAAUAAUUAACAGGAGUGAUUCUAGAUUUUUGUUAACUAUCAUAUUUAUUAUUAAAUGAUAAGUUAUUAAUUUGAAUUGCGCUCAGAAAUAAGGUUUCAUAAAACGUGUGAAAAUUAACCUCAUUCUACGUUUUGAGAAUCUUUACUUAUUCUACAGUAUUCUAAAACAAACAAAUUAAAAUAAAUAAUGCAGCAUGGCAAAUACAGUCGAGGCAACAAUUGAAAUACCCUUUCCUUCAAAAGAAGUAGCAACAAUAGCAUACAAUGUUCUGAAAGUUGAUGAAGAGCCACCAAGGAGUCAAGUAACCAAGAAGUUAUCACAGGAAGAGAACAUCUUAAAGGUUGUGUUUCAUGCUAAACUAGCCAAACAUGUCAGAGUAGCAUGCACCAGCUUCUUUGACAGUCUCAACCUCAUCAUCGAUACCAUAAAUUUCACUGGUUUACCUCAACAUUCUGGAUACUCAUAUCCUUAACCAUUCAAAAUGCCAGAACACAUGCCAGGACCAACACCCAGCAGAGGUGUCUAUGGAUUAGCCAUGCACCUUGCCUUUCAAAUAACAUUCAUUGCCUUCAUCAUCUGGGCAGCUGUACCAGAGAAAUGGUUCCAUGAUCUGGGCAUUACAU